AUAGUGUUGCUUGGUAUGUAAAUGCAGAGUUCAAUGCUCUUAUGUUUUUCAUGGCUGUUGCAUGAAUCCUUUUUAUGACCUCUGCAACACCCAACUUUUACUGUGACAUCUUUUCCUGCAAAGAGUUGAGAUUUCUGAAAUGGUAUUAAAUUCAAUUUAAUGACAUGGUGGUCUUGUAUACAUUUAUAUGCUAUGCAUGGUAUGGAGUACCCACUGAACAAGGAUCCAAAGAUAGCCAUUUCUGGACUUCUGCUACUUUCUUGAGCUUUAAGGGUGCUCAUGGAGAUUAAUGACAAGGAAAAAACAUCAAAGAUGGAUGAUUAUGAAGUGAUAGAGCAGAUAGGCAGAGGAACAUUUGGAACUGCAUUUCUAGUUCUUCACAAAUUUGAGAGGAAGAAGUAUGUAUUAAAGAAGAUUCGAUUGUCUAAACAAACAGAGAAAUUCAAGCAUGCGGCUCAUCAAGAGAUGAAAAUAAUAGCACAGCUAAAUAACCAGUAUAUUGUGGAGUACAAAGAUGCAUGGGUGGAAAAGGAAUGCUGUGUGUGCAUUGUGACAAGUUACUGUGAGGAAGGAGAUAUGGCUGAGACGAUAAAGAAAGCUAGAGGAACAUUUCUUCCAGAAGAGAAGCUCUGCAAAUGGCUGACCCAGCUGUUGCUAGCGGUUGACUACCUCCACUCCAACCGUGUUCUUCACAGAGAUUUAAAGUGCUCCAACAUAUUCCUUACAAAGAGCAAUGACAUAAGGCUAGGUGAUUUCGGACUUGCAAAACUACUCAACAAAGAUGACCUUGCUUCCUCGGUUGUUGGCACUCCCAUCUACAUGUGCCCUGAGCUUCUGGCAGAUAUACCAUAUGGAUACAAAUCGGAUAUAUGGUCAUUAGGUUGCUGCAUGUUUGAAAUAGCUGCAUAUCAACCUGCAUUUAGAGCUCAUGAUUUGGCAGGACUUGUUAACAAAAUAAACCGAUCAUACAUGUCCCCACUUCCAAUUGUGUAUUCUUCUGCAUUGAAACAAUUAAUCAAGAGCAUGUUAAGAAAGAACCCUGACCACAGACCAACAGCUGCAGAGCUGCUGAGGCAUCCCCAUUUACAACCAUACCUUGCUCAAUGCUCCAAUAUAUCACCUGUUUUUAUACCAGUGAAGUCUGAGUGCAGCAGCAAAAUUAGACCAAAAGGAACCCAACUGUCUAAUAAAGUUAGUGUUGGAAAAGACAUCAGAGGUGGAAAGGCAAGGCCAUCAAAGAAUUUGGGAAGUGUUCAGGUAGGAAAAGCACAUGCAUUCAGUAAGGCCACAGCAAAGGAAACCAACAUCUGUGGUUUUCUUAAAAUUGAAGUUGAGACAAGAAUAGUAGAUUCCACUAGCUGUGCUGAGAAAACAUCAAAAGCAGUAAAGGGUUCUAGAGUUAUCUCUAAUUCUGUUGAACAAAUUGGAAAUGCCCACUCAGAAACAGCCUUGGUGCAUAUGUUGUCAUCACGUGCAGAUAGGAAACACGGGUGUACCUCUAAGCCAAGAUGCUCUUCACAUUCUACAAUAAACCUUAGCUCAUAUCUGACAAAUGCUUCCACUGAAAAUGCACCAUUAGAAGGUAAAGUCACACUUCCGUGUGAAAAUGGUCUAAUCUCUAGUAAGCAAACAGAGAAAGAAGAUAUUUACGAAUUGAAUGGAGGUUCUAGUGACAUCUCAUCAAUGAGUACGCUGACUUUGGAUCAUGGUGAUGAAACAAGGAUUGAAUGGGACCCCCAAACUCAGCAAAGAGCAGAAGGUCUGGAGUCACUACUAGAGAUCUGUUCAGAUUUACUAAAACAGGAAAAGCUCGAGGAACUUGCAGGAGUGUUGAGACCUUUUGGUGAAGAAGAAGCUGUGUCAUCAAGAGAAACAGCAAUUUGGCUGACACAGAGCCUAUUGAAUAUUCGCAAAACUGGCAGUGCAGCCUAGCAGAAAUGUAAUUUCAAUGGUUCUUCACUUGUAUUCUCAUUAAGUAGACAAAAUUUCUAGAUUUCAAAAGCUAAGUUCACUUUCAUAAUCUGAAAAUCAUUGUAAAACAUUUUAUCCUUUAAUUUCAUUUUUAAUUUAACCCUUUGAAAUUCCUAAACUCAUAUGUUUCUUGAUGGAUAAUGAGAUCGACUUAAAUUUAUAAAGCCAAUCAGUCUACUAAUCAGAUGCCCUUUGAUAGUUGGAA